AUGGGUUGUUGCCUCUCCUGCCCAUCCUUAUCCCCUUUGUCAACAAAGAAACACCAAAAAAACCGCUACCGAAUCCACAAACACCAGAUCUCGCCUCCCAUCCCAGCUCGACCAUGUGUCUCCCUCCCAUCCUCUUCCCCAACCUGUAGCACCAGCUCCUCGGACUCAGGAUCUUCUGAAAAGAACGAGUGCUACUAUUACGAUCUACCAGCACCACCGCUUCCACCGUUCGCGCCUGUGCUCCAGACUCAGAAUCGGUAUGGACACCAGGACCGAAAGAGUCCUGCUCGAAAACGCAACCGCAAACAAGAGAUGGGCAUGAGGAUUGUUCGAGACCCACAAUUCACAGUCCUGCCACCAAACCCACAGAGAUACCAAGACCACCCUCGAUCUCAACACCAAUAUCUCGCUGAACCCCAAGAUCCAAGCCCAUUUCCACAACCACAACCACAACCCGCACCCUUCCACCUCGCCAGCCCGACCGAAACACACCUCCUGCUCACGAGCGAACUCACCGAAGAGCUCGCCAGCAUCAGCAUCCUGAUCGCCAACCUCGCGCACUCCAUCCGCGCGUACUCGUUCACCAAUAUGCAGGUCAAGAGACAGGUGCUGGGCGAUAUAGAUGGUGUGAUUCAAGCGCUGCCGAGACCGCCGAGGGGGCUGCUUGUUAGGCAGAGGUUGGUGAGGUUGAGAGGGGAGAUGGGGGGGCUUUGGGAGGCGAAGGGGGAGGUUUUUGAGAGGGGGUUUGGGGGCGUGUUUCUGAGUGGUGGUGGUCGUGGGGGUGGGGAGGCAGAGCGAGACGGGUCUGAUGGGAGUUUGAGUUUGAGUUUGAAUUUGAGUUUUAGUUUGGAAAGUUUGGAGAGGAAUGGGGAUGGGGAUGGACUGGAGGCUCUGUGGGAGGGAUUCAUGCGCUUGAGCGAUGAAGAGAAGAUGAAUAUGGCGUGGAACCUGACCAAAAAGUGUCCCCUCAUGCGAAUCUUCGAACUUCUAAGUAAAGCACGGGCAGGGAGUGAAGACUUGCUAGUGCUUGACAACAAGAUGAGCAAUCUUCUGAAGAAGGAGUUUGACGGUGUGCUUGCGGAGUUGAGGGAGUUUGAUGGGUAUGGUGGCGUGGAUGGAGAGAAGAAGGGAGGCCUUGGAGAGACGCCGAGUAUGCAGUGGAGGGUCUUGGGGAUUAUGGAGGGGAAGAGGAGGGAGGAGUUGAGGGCUAGGAUGGAGGAUGUUAAGAGGGGACGGGGAAGGGUUAGUGUUGCGCUGCUGGGUGUUGUGGAGGGGUUGGUGGAAGACGGGGGUGGAUUUUUUUGA